UUUGUCAACACCUAAAGUCAACUCUGUGUCAGCUGCUGGCAAAGCAAGUAAGAUGGUUCGUUCAGGACAACCAAAAAAGAAAACGGCCCCUAAUGGUGACUCGGACAGUGAAUGUGACAUCCAGCCUUCGCAGGUACCCUUCUUUACACCAACACGUACCGCCAGAAAGAAUCCUGUAGCUACUGACAAAGACGCUGUCAGUACAGAUUCCUCAGAUAGUGAGGAAGCGGGUUUGUCAAAGCAAGUCCAAGCCAAGCGGUCACCAGGAAAGAGCAUCUUAGUCAAAGGAACCACCAUUAAACCUAAUCAAGCUCUGCACAGCAAGACCGCAGACACUAAUCAGGUCACCGCUCCAGAGAAAACAGGCUCUAGCACUGACAGCGAAGGCACCAGUGACUCGGACAGCAGCACAGAAGCUCCAGCAAAGGGGAUCCCAGUAAAGACUCGUCUGUCUGUGUCUGCAAAGACCACGCCUGCACCUAAGACCCCUGCUACAGGAAAGAAGGCCAAGAGCUCAGACACCGAGAGCUCCGAUGAUUCCGACAGUGAGGAGGAAGCGGUGGCAAAGACUGUGUUAUCAAAGGCAGCCCCCAUCAACCCCGCCAAGUCAAGCCUGAUGACCCCUACCAAAGCCACACCUACACUGAAAACCCCUGCUGUAGGGAAGAAAGAUGUUAUGUCAGACAGUGGAAGCUCCGAGGACUCAGACAGUGAAGAAGAGGCUCCAGUGAAGGCUGUUUUGGCAAAGGGAACUCCAUCUAAACUAAACUUCGCCAAACCUAGCCAGGGUACCCCAACUAAGGCUGCAACUGCUACAAAAGUCCUUAUCUGCUACUAAGAAAGAUGAUAGCUCAGACAGCGGAAGCUCCGAGGACUCAGACAGUGAAGAAGAGGCUCCAGUGAAGGCUGUUUUUGGCAAAGGGUGUUCCAUCUAAACCAAGCCAGACCAAACUUAACACAACCGCUACACUGAAGGCUGCAUCUACAGGAAAGAAAGCAGAGAGCUCAGACAGCGGAAGCUCUGAUGAUUCUGAUAGUGAAGAA